UUGAAUUCAAAAUCGCAUUCGUCACUCUCUUCACUGACACACACAACACACCAACAAAGCAUGUAUUACGCCACCUCUCACCUCCACCACUUACCCCCACCAGAACCACCGUUAACAUGCGCUCAAGGCCACAGCUCAACUCUCAUUAUUCCAACCGAUGAAGGCGGAUCAAUUUGCCUGCUUUGCUUAUCCAAUCUCAUUUCCAAUCCGAGAUCACACACCGUCCACGUGUCCUACGCUCUCUCACAGUUAUCUAUCGCGAUUUCCCAACCGAGUUUUCGCCAAACCUUCUUCACAUUCCACUCUCAUUUCCUCAUAUCUCCUCUAGUCGGUGUUCUAUCUUCAUUUGAUGAUGAGCCUAUCGCUAAGCAAACUAUGGAUUUGAUUAUGCAGUUGUGUGAAUCUCCGGAUUCUGAUGUGCAUGCAGAGUUUGUGUCUCGGCUCGCGGAUCGUCUUUCUAGUGGCUCUUUGGCUUGGAGUCAGAGACAGUUCCACACGCUUCAUUGCCUAGGUCUUCUCUUGGAUUAUCAAAAAAACCAUUCCUAUUGUCUCGAAGAAACGGAUGCCCUCAUUUUCAAUCUUGUCAGUGGUCUUCACUUGUCCAGUGAAGAUAUUCAAGGGGAAAUCCUGUUCGUUCUAUACAAAUUAUUCCUACUCAAUGUGUCUCAAGACGAUGAAUAUCCUCCCAGUUUAUUUGGACAUUCCUCGAAGCUCCUGCACGUUGCACUGGAAGUUCUCAUGAAAGCUCAAAGUGAUGGUGUUCGCUUGAACUGUAUAGCAUUUUUAACAGUAAUAAUGCAGAGAGGAUUCUUUCAAACUGCUUCUAUGAUUGACGCAAGGAACAGGAGUUCUUAUGAUGUUGACCACUUGAUGGAGACAAAUGAGCAGAUAUCGGAUGGGCCUCUAGUUAUCUUGUUUGCAGAGGCAGUCAAAGCCCCCCUGCUUUCUUCUGAUAAUCAAGUUCAAAUAGCAGCACUAGAUUUACUUUACCUUUAUCUGUCGGGGAAAGAUGUCUUGGAAAAUGAAAUCCAAGUAUUUGUGGAAGAGAACAUUGCAGACUAUACAUUUGAAGUGCUGAGAUUGUCAGGAUGCAAAGAUCCAACAAUUAAAUCUUGUAUUCAGCUUCUUGAUCUUUUAGCAACUGCUGAGCAAGCAUUUAGACAGAGACUUGCAAUUGGGUUCAUGGCCCUCAUUCCAGUUCUGCAUCAUGUUGCUGAAAUUCCUUUUCACCCUGUACAGACUGAAACACUCAGGCUUAUUUCGAACUCCGUUGAGAACUGCCCUGGGGUGGUAUCCAAGUCCCAGGUAGAAGAUAUAAGCCUUUGUUUGACGGGGAUGCUCAAGAAAAAUCUUGAUGGAGAAAUAGGCAUGCUUCCAGAGACAUUCACUCUGGUCUGUUCAAUAUUUGUUGCACUUAUGAAAUGUUCAUCUUCCAGCGGGAUUUCAAGUUUCUUCCAAUCGAUUCAGGAUGCAUCAAGAAAUUGCAUCUUAACUUGUUUAAUUAAUUAUGACAAAUAUCCGGGUCAAUUUUUGAACUCUCUUUACCUACUGAAAGAGGCAUAUGCGUAUAGUUGUGGGAUGGAUACCACAAGCUCUAUCAAUACAGAACUUAGAAGAAGCAUUAUAGAUGUAUGUAGAACACAUAUAUUACCUUGGUUUAUGAGAUCCCUCCAUGAGAUGGAAGAUGAGGAUAUUCCAGCUGCAAUACUUGAAAACUUCUAUUCCAUAUUGCUACAAGGUUCAGAUAUUGAAACCAAAAUAUUUGCAAAUGUUCUGUUAACAUCCUCCUGGUUCAGUUUUGCAUUUGGAUGUUUAGGCUUUUUCCCUUCUGAAAAGAUGAAAAGGAAGGUUUAUCUUAUCUUUAGUGUGAUGACAGAUAUCAUUCUUGGAGAUGAUUCUGGGCAAUUCAUUAGCGAUGCUGCUCCACAUCUUCCAUCUGAUCCUCUAGAUCUACUUUUCCUUCUGGGGCAUAAAAGCUCCCAAAACGUUGAAUUGACUUCUCGCCAACUGGCAGUUCUGCUGUUACUUUACAUCAGCUCGCUUUUUGACGAUCGGAUUGCGGAUGAUAAAGUUGUGUUAGCUUCACUGGAGCAGUAUAUUCUAGUUAACAGCAGCGAAAACAUGCAUGGAGGUUCUGUUUUGGAAAUUUUUAUAAAUCUUUACGCGCUCUACAGAGGUCUAGCCAAGCUGAGCUACCAAAUUCCCUAUAGCCCAGAAGCUGAAAGGAUUGUGUUCCAACUACUUGCUGAAAAGGACUGGGAUUUGCUAUCGACAAGAAUCCACGUAACAUCUUUGAAAUGGUUGUUCCAACAAGAGAAAGUCUGCAACAUGUUGUCUGCCCAAAUUUUGAAAUUUUGUAGAUACAAUUGCUCCGAUGUAAACCAGAUAAAUAUCCAUGGUGAAGCCAAUCAGAAGAUAGAUGUGUAUGUUAUGGCAGAACUUGUAGCUUCGGGGGAUAAUUUUUUAGGUAUGCUCAUGGUGUUCCUAUUGGGAGAGGUUGGAGAUCAAUAUUCUGCGGAUGACAUUGUUUCAGUUGUGAAUAUCAUAAGACAUAUAAUCGAAAUCACACCAAGCGCUUCAGAUCAGUUCUGCAUGCACGGGAUAGCUGGUACAAUCAAGAACCUGUAUUAUAAGUUUGGUCAUUCUUCAUCCCCAGAUACUUUCAUGGCCACCUCUGUACUAGUAUCCUGCAUUCUUCUAGCAGUACACUCUGAAUCCCUCUCUGAUGAUGAACCCUGGGUUGCAAUUGUGGUGAAAAUUAUCGACUACCUGAUCCCCUCAGUAGCUGCAGAUGGAUGGACUCCAGGAAAUCUUAUAUCGAUUGGCAUUCUUUCUAUGGUUUUGCAUCACUCAGUAAAUCAAGUGAUGGUUGAGGCUUCAAAAACCAUACUCCUUAGUACUCCUUUGUUAUCAUUGGUUAAUACCACUAUCGCCAAUGCCUGUUCCAAGGGACCCUCUCUAGUUGACCAAGACGAAGGAACAAGAUCUGGAGAAGCUCUUGUUUUUGUGCUUUCACUGCUUUUCUUCUCCUUGAGAAGCCUGCAUGCCGUUUUACCAGGGAUUAUGGACUUCCAAUUUCUGCUGGAUCCAACCAACGUCCCACAACCCUGCCCCCAUAUUAGUAUACAGUGCCACGAUUUGUGCAAGUUAUUGCAUUUUGGAUCCAUUCCUGUAAAGUUACUUAGCUCGCAAUACCUGCUGGAGUUAUUCAGCGGAAUAGAAGAUGAGAGAAGUAGAAAAUCAGACACGUUAGAAUUCAGAACUGAUUAUUUGUUGUCUAUAAUGGCUGUUUUAGAAGGCCAAAUAUUUUCGAGUGACAUGUCCGUAGCAAUGAACUGUUCUCUCUGUUUGUCUAUGCUCAUCGAGUGGCAAGACGCGGAAACGGAAGUAUUAGCAAUACAAAGGAAUAACUGGUGUCGGUUUAUAGUAGAAGAGUUAGUGAUGUCCUUGGCAGCACCAUCUUUGGCGUCAAAAUCUUUCAUGAUCCAUCACAAGCCUGCAAUUCAUAUUGCAGUUGCACUGUUGAGAAGGAAGAAAGUUCCUCAAUGGAUGACUUCAAUCUUCGAUGAAUCUUGCAUAUUUUCUAUUGCUAGAAACAUUACAAAUUCUAAUUUGAGCGCGGAGCUGGUGUUCCUCUUAAGGGAGUUACUUAAUUAUGGUUUUCUGAGUGAUGAACAAGUUGCUGCCCUAAAUCAAGUAUUCCAGGAAUGUCGAAAAUGUAUCUACACAAACAAACUUCAACGUGCUGGUGCAGAGGAGAAGACACUGAACAUAGCAGCUGCUUCAGAUUAUUUAGGUAAAGUUUGUCAGUUUCUCAUUAGCCUCAUGAUGACUCAACCAGCUAGAAAUAUGGAGUCUACAAGAUUUCACAGUGGGAAAAGGGAAUUGUUGGAAGAGAUAGACUUAUUUUCAAAAUGUCUAAUGAGGGAUGAUUGAGACUAAAAAGAUCUUUAUAGCAAUACUUUCUUGAUAGAAGAACAAAUCUGUUUUGGCAUAAUGGCAGUCAAUUAAGCUAGCAUGGAUUUUGCUAA